AUGUCUUCGGAAGAGGUCCCCAAGAUCCCCAGCAUUGAGCUGUCACAGAACAGGUUCCUGUUGACCAGUGGGCCAAAGGAGACCCAUGCAGAGGCACAAGAGGCUAUCUUGAAGAAAAUCAAAGAGGACCAUAUGGCACCAUUCUAUGAACUCAUUUGCGAGGAACAAGGAUGGCCCGUCGAUGCCGCACUCUUGGAGAGCAUGAAGAAGGAGAACGAGGAGGCAUUGAAAAAGCUAGACGAACGACUGAAGGAUGCAGAGGAGAACUUGGGAGAGACCGAGAUCUCGGAUACCUUGCUCGCCAGAGCCGAGCACUUUGCAAAGAUCGGUGACAAGGAGAAGAGCUUGACCGCAUACAGGGUGGCCUUUGAGAAGACUGUGGCUGUUGGAAGCAGACUGGAUAUUUUGUUUGCCAACAUUCGCACAGGAUUCUUUUACCGCGAUAACGACAUUGUCAGCAGAAACAUUGAGAAGGCCAGAAGCAUGAUUGAGGAGGGCGGAGACUGGGACCGCAGGAAUCGCCUCAAGGUCUACGAGGGCGCCUACUUGAUGACGAUCCGCGACUUUAAGGGCGCUGCCGAUCUCUUUAUCGCCACCCUGUCAACAUUCACAUCGACCGAACUGAUGGAGUACAAGGAGUUUGUCACCUACGCUGUCCUCUCCAGUGUACUGGCUCUCAAGCGUGUCGACAUCAAGAACAAGGUCAUUGACUCGCCCGAGGUCCUGGAGGUCCUUCACGAGAUCCCUCACUUGGAGGACUACCUCCGCUCGCUCUACGCCGGAGACUACAGCAAGUUCUUUGUCUCGCUUGCUGCCUUGGAGACUUCGGCCAUGAAGCGCUCUUGGGUUUUGUUCCCCCACUACCGUUACUAUGUCCGGGAGAUGCGUAUCCGUGGAUACGCCCAGCUGUUGGAAUCCUACCGUUCCUUGACCAUGCAAAGCAUGGCACACUCUUUCGGCGUCAGCGAAGAAUUCAUCGACAGGGACUUGUCCAAGUUCAUCUCUGCCGGUCGUCUGAACUGCGUUAUUGACAAGGUGAACGGCAUUGUCGAGACCAACAGACCCGACGCAAAGAACGCUCAGUACCAACAGGCCAUCAAGCAGGGCGACAUCCUGUUGAACCGUGUCCAGAAGUUGAGCCGUGUCAUCAACGUGUAA